AUGCCGGGACCGCGCUUGGAAUGUGACCUUGGCAACGAGUCCAGACUUCUGAACGGCUCUCGCGAGCCUUUUUGUGGAGAAAUGUUUGAGACGUCUGCACGCCAAAUGUGCCCAGGUGUUCCCAGGUGUAUCCAGGUGUGUCCAGGUGUAUCCAGGUGUGCCGAGGUGUGUCCAGGUGUGUCCAGGUGUGCCCAGGUGUUUCCAGGUGUGUCCAGGUGUGCCAAGGUGUGCCCAGGUGUGCCGAGGUGUGUCCAGGUGUAUCUAGGUGUGCCGAGGUGUGUCCAGGUGUGUCCAGGUGUGCCCAGGUGUGUCCAGGUGUGCUCAGGUGUGUCCAGGUGUUCCCAGCUGUUCCCAGGUGUGUCCAGGUGUGCCAAGGUGUGCCCAGGUGUGUCCAACUGUGUCCAAGUGUGCCCAGGUGUUCCCAGGUGUAUCCAGGUGUGCCGAGGUGUAUCCAGGUGUGCCGAGGUGUGUCCAAGUGUAUCCAGGUGUAUCCAGGUGUGCCGAGGUGUGUCCAGGUGUAUCCAGGUGUGCCUAGGUGUGUCCAAGUGUGUCCAGGUAUGCCCAGGUGUGUCCAGGUGUGCCCAGGUGUUCGCAGGUGUGUCCAAGUGUGUCCAGGUGUGCACAGGUGUGUCCAGGUGUGCCCAGGUGUGCCCAGGUGUGUCCAAGUAUGUCCAAGUGUUUCCAAGUAAGUCCAAGUGUACCCAGGUGUGCCCAGGUGUGUACAGGUGUGUCCAGGUGUGCCCAGGUGUGCCCAAACUGUGGAGGAGAGCGAGUGAAGCACAGCAGAGAGAGGAAGUAUGUCCAGGUGUGCCCAGGUGUAUCCAGGUGUGCGUAGGUGUGUCCAGGUGUGCCCAGGUGUGCCCAGGUGUGUCAAGGUGUGCCCAAACUGUGGAGGAGCGCGAGCGAGGCACAGCAGAGAGAUGA